AUAGAAUCAAGCCUCAAUUCGUUCCACAUUCUUUCACAGUGGUUAGCAUCCCAGGUUCCUUUUGGUGAUAGUCCUUGUGUCAAAGCCAAACAUGCUCAGAAAUGUGGAAUAGUAGUAGAGCAAAUUGAUUUAUCUAAAAGAAAGCUAAAACUUAUAUAUCAAAGAGAUGACUUUAAUGGAAGGACUACAAAUACUUCUCGUUCUAAAUUUAUAUAUCAAGGAGAUGAUGACUUUAAUGGAAGGACUACAAAUACUUCUCGUUCUAAUGGCAAGAAGUUCCAAGUUUCAAUCAACCAAGAAACUGCAAGAUUAUUGGGAAACAUGGGCUGGACCUACCUGCAAAAGACAAGCAACAUGAUGGCUGAGGUCCAUUGAAGAGAUUGGGAGGUUUUUUCCCGUGACGGCAACAUGAUACAAUUGUAAUGAAGAGCAUGCCAAUAGCAAUUCCAAGGACCUCCCUUAUUUGAAGAAUUCAAUGAUGUUAAUUAAGUUUCUCGACCAAAGGUCAUGUGGAAUGCUAUGAAGCUUGUUAAUGUGAAAUAAUUAUUGUAGUCUUGUAACUUUAAUUUAUUUGGAUAUUGUUGUAAUGUGGUUGUAAUUGGAAAUGAAUAUGUAUGUAUGCUUAUGUAUUGGAAUGAAUGGUGUAAUUUUGAAUUGCAUCUUUUGAAUGAUUGGAAUUGUAUGGUUAGCUUGGGAUUGAAAUUUUGUUGUACAUUUUGAAUUGAACUAAUGUAUUUUUUUGGUUCGAAA